CAAGAGUUGCAUGUUCUGCGUGCUGCUGUUGUCUGAGGAGGUGAGGAGCAUGCCAUGGCUGAGUUCCCAGCUAAGGUCAGCACACAGACAAGCAGUCCAGCAGCACAGAGGGCCAUUGGCUCUGGGUCCAAGUCCAUCGUCUUGCAGUAUGUCUCUGUGGACCUGCACUUCCUCGGGAGUGUCCCAGGAAUCCUCCUGCUCGCUGAGAUUCCUCUUCUCCGGACACAGGUGCUAGGACUCCUCACUUGGUCCCUCACUGCCAGUACAUCAUACACUUGUGUCCCGGCCUACGGAUGGGUCAUGUUCAUCAGCAUCACACUCUGGAUCCUCACCGUCACACUGUUCUGCAUCCUCUUUCUCGGCAUCCAGCAGAAGCUCAGCUUCCUGCCCUGGCAGCUCAUGGUGCUGCUAUUCAAUGGUGUCGCUGCGCUGGUCUACCUUACCGCCUUUCUGGCCAAUGCUUCCUUUGUGACACCGUUCAGUGGCACUGCCGACUUCAACCCCCUAGCAGCUGCUGUGGUGAGUGGAUGCCAUCUGAGUAAGUCACAAACUCGCAGGGAGGACACGGUGGGAUGCAACCCAGACACACUAACUGACAGUAAAAACAAGCUGAGAUGAAACCCAAAUGCAAAAAUUCACAAGAAAAGAAGGCACUGAGAUGUGGCCCAAACACACAAACUCACAGGGAAAAUGCAAUUGGAUGCAACACAAACACACAGACUGACAGGGAAAAUAUACUGGCAUGCAAUC